GAUAUUUUGGUGCAGCAGUCUUUUUGUACAUUAUAAAUGUCUCAAGGUGAUCGCUGAAGAUGUCCUUAUGUAAAUUUCAGUCCGUUCUAGAUAUUUGUCUUUAUCCGCUGUGGUCUGUCUUUGUGGUAUAAUGGAGACAUACUCACUCCUGAAAGUCAUCGGUGAAGGGUCUUUCGGUCGGGCUUUGUUAGUUCGAUGUAAAAGCAGCAAUGCGAAGUAUGUGGUCAAGGAAAUCCAGCUGCCAAAGAAUCGGACUAAACUGGAGAAUUCGAGGAGGGAAGCCAUCCUAUUGUCCAGAAUGAAACAUCCUAACAUUGUGGCCUUCCGGGAGGCAUUUGAAGCUGAGGACCUCCUGUGUAUUGUUAUGGAGUACUGCAGUGGAGGAGACCUGCUCCAGAGGAUUCGGCACCAGAACACUACACAGUUCUGUGUUGAUGAGAUCUUGAAGUGGUUUGCUCAAAUGUGUGCUGGUGCAAAGCACAUCCAUGAUAAGCAGGUUUUGCACAGGGAUCUAAAGUCCAAGAAUAUUUUCCUGACAGAUAAUGGGGAAGUCAAGCUCGGGGACUUUGGCUCAGCGUGUAUUUUGAACAGCUCAAAGGCUUAUGCUCAGACAUAUGUUGGGACACCAUAUUAUGUGGCUCCAGAAAUCUGGGAAAACAAGCCGUACAACAAUAAGAGUGAUGUGUGGUCUCUGGGCUGUGUUCUGUAUGAGCUCUGCACUCUGCGACACCCGUUCCAGGCACCCAGCUGGAAGAGUCUGAUUCUUAAGGUGUGUCGGGGUGCGUACCCACCCCUCCCCAACCACCUGCUGUACGAGCUGCAGUAUUUGGUCAAGCAGAUGUUUAAGACAAACCCAAAAGACAGGCCAUCCCUGCACACCAUCCUAACAUCUCACCGAGUUUCCAGACUCCUGCAUUCACAUCUGCCCUCCCAGGCAAUAGAGCUGAAGGAACAAGGGAGGCGAACAGGUCGAUGGAACAGAGAAGAGGGGAAGAAGGUGGCUAAUCUUCUGGGAGAGAGGAGUUUAAUAAAAACAUCAUUUGAAGGAACGGAGUUAACUGAGGGUCGCUUUGAAAGUAGAGAGCCCGGCCAUCGAAAGCAGUGGGCAGCUGAGCCAUCGGACACUGUGCUGCAGGUGCUGGCCAACGCCAGCCUCGCUUCAUCGGAUAGCAUGGCAUCAGACAACCAGGCCCUCACAGGAGUGUCAGAGGAGUCAAAGGACAGCAGGCAGAGGAGACAAUGGGAGAGGGAGCCUCCUGAGAGGCUUUUGAGUCUGUUGGAGAAGGCCCGGCUGAACAGAGCCUUCAGCACCUUUUUAAUAAACAGAGGAGACGAUGACCCUUUGGUUGGACCUCUCUCCCAGCCACAAAGAGACAGCACUGACGGGCCGGAGCCAGAAGUUGCUGUGGAUGAGGACCGGCUGCAGCCUCGCUCUGAUGACGAGGACACAGACUUUGAGGAAGAAUCUCCAUGUGACUGGAUAGAUGAAGUUGAGAAAAUGUUUUCCAAACACUGAAGCCUCAUUGCAUCGCAGCCCACACAGUCACAAAGCCGACAUUAUUGUUUACAUUUGUUUAAGACACUAACUGUGCACAUAUCAUGUCCUGUGAUGUAUGUUGAACCAGGUCUUGCUCUUGUAAAUUAGGACCAAUUUUCAUAGCAAGUUAUAAGCCAGGUUU